CUGUUGCCGGGAAAGCAGUGCACGUGGGCCCAACCAUAUAACGCGCAACGACUAGAGGUUAUUAAAUAGUGAAUCAAAACAACUUUUAAAGGGAUGUCUAUCGGUUAUUGAUUUUAAAUUAGCGGUCGUAAAAAUGGUUUCGACGGAACAUAACGAGGGCUGGAGUACUCUCGGAGUACCUUCUGUUAUAACAGAAGCCUUAGUGGAACAAAACUUUUAUUCACCAACAGCGAUUCAAGCCUUGGCACUUCCCCCAGCAAUUUUGGGGCGAAGAGACAUUCUAGGUGCAGCUGAGACUGGCAGUGGAAAAACUCUGGCCUUUGGGAUACCCGUGUUGAAUGGCAUUCUGGAGCUGCAGAAAAAAGAGGGUAAAACGGUGCAAAGUACGAGUGGUAAAUUCAGAGAAGUGAACAAGGAUGAGGAAGCUGCAAGUGAUAUAAGUGACAAUGAGGGUGAUGAGAAUGACGAACCUAUGCCUGAAGAGCAAUCCAUUGAUAAAAAUGGUAUUGGUUUAGUGAAAGUUGUAAAUAAUGUCAAAUUCGAUGAGUUUGAUAAUGUUAAACCAACAAAACCAUUGUAUGCUCUUAUUCUAACUCCUACAAGAGAGUUGGCUAUACAAAUAAAGGAUCACUUGACUAAAGCAGCAAAGUAUACAGAUAUCAAGAUCGCAGUAGUUGUUGGCGGUAUGGCAGCAGUGAAGCAAGAAAGAAUUCUCAGUAAGGGUCCCGAGAUCGUCAUUGCUACUCCUGGUAGAUUGUGGGAGCUCAUAGAUGAAGGAAAUCCUCAUUUGAGUCAAUUACCAUCCGUAAAGUAUCUUGUCAUUGAUGAAACCGACAGAAUGUUGGAGAAAGGCCAUUUUUUGGAAUUACACGAUAUUAUAGAAAGGAUAAACUCAGUAGAAUCAAAAGUUAAAAGACGUCAAACGUUUGUGUUUUCUGCAACACUAACAUUGGUACAUGAUAUACCUGACUAUUUGCAGAGGAAAAAAAUUCGCAACUCUAAAAGCAAAAUUUUCAAAUUGACACCUGGGCAAAAAUUACAAAAAGUUAUCGACAUGUUGAAAGUUAAGAAUCCAAAAAUUAUCGAUGUCACUAAAGACACAGGUACUGCCAGGAAUUUGACAGAAUGCAGAAUAGCCUGUACUAUUGAUCACAAAGAUUACUACCUUUAUUACUUCCUAAAAAGACAUUCAGGACGAACGUUAGUCUUUUGUAAUAGUAUCGGUUGUGUGAAGAGAUUAGCUACUUUGUUUGGAAUUUUAGAGUGCAAACCUUUGCCUCUGCAUGCCAGUAUGCCGCAAAGACAGAGAUUGAAAAACCUUGAGAGGUUCCAAGCUGAUGAAAAUGGACUACUUAUAGCUACAGAUGUAGCAGCCAGAGGAUUAGACAUACCUUGUAUUGAACACGUUAUCCAUUAUCAAGUUCCUAGAACUUCUGAGAGUUACGUUCAUAGAAGUGGAAGAACAGCCAGAGCACAAAAAGAAGGUAUUACUGUUUUAAUGAUGGAACCAACUGAAAAACCAUACUACAGUAGGCUUUGCAAGACGCUUAAUCGGACUGAGGACUUACCAACUUUCCCGGUAGUCGAUCGUUUACUCGUCGCUGUUAAAGAGAGAGUGAAUGUAGCUCGGGAAAUAGAUAAGCUUGAAUUAACGUGUCGAAGGGAUAAUUCUCAAAAAGGAUGGUUGCAAAAGGCUGCUAAAGAUAUGGACUUGCUGUUGGACGAUGAAGAAUUUGAAACGACGAUGGAAGUUAAAGAAAUGGCCGAUUUGAAACGGAAAUUGAAAGGCAAACGCGCUCAUUUGGCCAGUCUUUUGAAAAAGCCGCUGUUCCCUAAGAACUUUUCGGGUAAAUUCUUGGAUACUUCGCUAGAAUUGUCGCUGAAUCAAAACUCUCAAAAGGCAAUAGAUGUGAUGAAAAAAGCUAUAGAUGAUUAUCCAAAGCUGAAGAAAAAGAAGUUAUCCGUCAUCCCCAAAACAAAGAAUAUCGCCUCAAAGAAACAACUUGGAAGAGAAAAAAAACGACGUGAAAAGAAAUUAAAGUAAACUUGGUUCAAGUACAAUUUUAGCUUGAUUUCUGUGUUUAAAGAAACUUUGUACAUUCGUAUGAUGGAACUAGGUUUUUGCAAUGUUAGUAUUCAUAAGGAUAUGUGGAAUUCUUACGUUACAAGAUUCUGCAAAUUUUUUUACAGAUAUGUACAGAAUCUGUACAUAUGACUCGUUAAUCUGCAGAAAAUAGAAAUGAAGUUCUAUUUUCGAAUAAAAUAAUAUGAAACUUGAAUUAAUCGAUGUUGAAAGCUUUAUUGUCAUUCGUUGUCGCGUUGUGUGUGGACGGGAAUUGCCCAGGGUAGAAAUAAUAUUCAGUCGCAUUUAAGUUAGAUUCUUUUAUUUGAGAAAACCUCCUCGAGGUUCCAUUUAUAAACUUAGUAAAUUAAUAUGACAGAACUAAGCUUUCGAACUGUUAGUAUUUAUAACAAUACGUAGACUAUGUACAGAGUGUUCUGUUACUCGAAAAGUUUCUAAAAAAACGGUCACUUUUUACAUCUCAUUUGUACAUUGUACAAUUCGUGCAUCAGUCUGUACACACAACUCGUCGAUACAAAUGAUAAUUUCUUAGACAAAUUUUAAUUUGAAUAGAAAAUAAAUGUUGUAAACUUA